UAUUUAAUUUGAGAGGGGUGUGAGCAAGAUAUGUCUUCCAUGCAACAUUAUGAGUGGUUCUCAUAGCUCUCCAGAUGGGACCGACGACUAUUCCGUUCAGCAAGAAAAUGAACUUGAAGCACUUGCAGCAAUUUUUGGAGACGACUUUGAAGAUAUUCGGACUAAAAAGCCCUGGAAUAUUAAACGACCACCGGAGGUUUACCUUUCCCUGAGACCCCAAGGGCUAAGCAAUGGGCAAGAGAGUUACGUUUCUGUGGAUUUGCAGGUUAAAUGCCCUCCAAAGUACCCCGAUGUACCCCCAAAGCUUGAGCUGAAGAAUGCCAAAGGAUUGUCGAAUGGCAACCUUCAAACCCUCCAGCAGGAACUCAACAAGCUAGCAGCGAAACGAUGUGGGGAGGUGAUGAUUUAUGAAUUGGCAGACUUUGUCCAGGGUUUCCUGACGGAGCACAAUGUUCCUCCCUCGCGCUCCUUCCAUGAGGAGAUGCUGAAGAACCAGCAGCGCCAGCAGGAGAAGCUCGCUCUGGCAGAGAGGCAGAAGAUGGAUCUGGAACGUAGACAGCAGGAGCAGAUGCAAAACGAGAUCCUUGCUGAGAUCCAAAGACGAGAAGAGGAGAAGAGGGAGGAGAAAAGGAAAAAGGAGAUGGCCAAACAGGAGCGGCUGGACAGUGUAACUCAGACUCCUGCGGACACUCAAACGCCGGGGAUAUCCAGUACACCUGGCUCACCUGCAGAGCUAUCUGAGCACAAGAAAGGCCUGCCCAACCGACGCCGCACCACGUCCAGUACCCGCCACAGGCGGGAUACCUUCAGUGAGGAUAGCCAACGUCAACAGGAGGUUUUGCACUUCAGCAGCAGCUUAUUAGGAGAGGUCAUCGUUCACAGAGGGAAAUGUAUCGGCGAGAGUGAAAGACUGGGCCGUAGUGUCUAUCAUGCGUUUAAUUCCACCACUGGGGACUUUGCUGUUGUUUACGAGUGGAUCCUUCGUUGGAACAAGAAGAUUGGCAAGUUCCUCACUACCCAGGAGAAAGAGAAGAUCGAGAAGUGCAAAAAACAGAUUCAUGGCGCUGAGAGUGAGUUAAACUCCCUUCUGAAGCUGGACCACCCAAACCUGGUCCAUUACCAGGCACUGUGCUGUAGUGAGAGGGAGGACUGUCUUGUGGUGGACCUACUGGUAGAGCAUGUUCCUGGCUGUAGUCUGUCACAGGCCCUGUCUUCCAGCUCCCCCAUGCCCGUCGACCGACUACGCCAACACGCGGCCCAGCUAGUGACGGCGCUCGACUACCUCCACACCAACUCCGUGGUCCACAAACAGCUGAGUCUGUCCAGUGUCCUCCUGGACGCCCAGGGCAGUGUGAGGCUGACCGACUACAGCUUGGCAAAACGGUUAGCCGACAUCUGCAAAGAGGACGUUUUCGAGCAGGUACACGUACGGUUCUGUGAGGAGGCCACGGUGAUGCCCACGCGGACGGGGAAGAAGGGUGACGUGUGGUGCUUGGGCCUCAUGCUGCUGGAGCUCAGUCAAGGUCGAGAGGUCAAGGAAUACCCGGUGACUGUCCCCUCAAGUCUGCCCUCUGACCUGCAAGACUUCCUCAACAAGUGUAUAGGUCAAAAUGAUUCUGACCGUUGGACCACUCAGCAGCUUCUGGAUCACCCUUUCCUACAGCCCCCGUCACCCAAGAACCCGGCCCAGUGCCGGGAGGCCAGUCCCGAAGACAUGGGUCUCGAUUUCGCCUCGACCGUCAUCCCCCGCAGUCAUGUCCUGAGCUCCCCCUUCAGCGUGGAGGGGCAAAAACAGCUGUCCCGCUACUUUAACGAGUUUGAGGAGCUGCAGCUUUUGGGGAAAGGGGCUUUUGGAGCCGUUAUCAAGGUCCAAAACAAGCUCGACGGCUGUUACUACGCCGUCAAGCGGAUCCAGGUGAACCCGGCGAGCAAGCAGUUCCGUCGGAUCAAAGGCGAAGUGACGUUACUGUCGCGUCUGAACCACGAAAACAUCGUCCGCUACUACAACGCCUGGAUCGAGAGGCACGAGAUUCCCACGACGGGGGUGCUCAGCAGCGAUGGCUCCGAGCCCCCGAGCACCCCGGAACGCCCCGCCCCGCGCCACGCCCGCCCCCGGCUCAACGAACUGGGUCUUCCCGACAACAUCGAGGACAACGCCCCCCCGCCGGCGCUGACCAGCUCUGUAGAGUGGAGCACGUCCAUCGAAAGAUCUUCCAGCGCCAAAUGCAGCGUCGCCAAUGGCAGCAGUGACGACGAGGAUGACGAUGAUGAUGAUGAUGACGACGACGAUGAGGAAGAGGAUGUGUUCUGUGCUUCGUUCCUCCCAUCCAACAGUGAUUCAGAAAGUGACGUCAUCUUUGAAAACGGAGAGGGCAGCAGAGACAUAUACGUUGAGGAAAAAACGAGAGGAAAGACAGCGACAGACGUAACAGAAAGCACGGACUCAGAGAUGCCUCUGCUGGUUGCACAUUACCUGUACAUACAGAUGGAAUACUGUGAGAAAAGCACUUUAAGGGACACCAUAGACCAGGGCCUGUACCGUGACAGCAGCCGUCUCUGGAGGCUCUUCAGGGAAAUCCUGGACGGCUUGGCUUAUAUCCACGAACAGGGAAUGAUUCACAGAGAUCUGAAGCCGGUCAAUAUUUUCCUGGAUUCUCAGGACCAUGUGAAAAUCGGGGACUUUGGCCUGGCCACGGACCAUCCUGCCAAUGUGGCCGCAGGGAAGCUGGAAGUGGAAGAGGGCAGUUCGAGUCUCGUCCUGAAACCAGACCCAACAGGCAACCUGACGGGAAUGGUUGGCACAGCCUUAUAUGUCAGCCCAGAGGUGCAAGGAAACACCAAAGCCACUUACAACCAGAAGGUAGACCUGUUCAGCCUGGGGAUAAUCCUCUUUGAGAUGUCCUACAGACCCAUGACCACGGCCUCAGAGCGUAUCUGCCUGCUCAGUCAGCUCAGGGGGGUAAGGCAGACAAAAACCAGAACCUGUCCUGAAUUUCCAGAAGACUUUGACACGUAUGAAAAGGGAACACAGAGUCAGGUCAUUUGCUGGUUGUUGAAUCACGACCCGGCCCUUCGGCCAACCGCGGUGGAGCUGCUGAAAAGUGACCUGCUCCCCCCGCCCCAGCUGGAGGAGUCGGAGCUCCACGAGGUCCUGCAGCACACCAUGGCCAACGUAGACAGCAAAGCUUACAGAACCAUGGUCAACCAGCUCUUCUCCCAGAGCGUCUCGCCCGUUAUGGACUACCUGUACGACACCGACAUCCACAAGGGCAGUUUUAAUUUCGCCACUGCCAAACUGCAACAGUACGCGUACGAGACCAUCACCAGGAUCUUCAGAAAACAUGGUGCUGUGAGGUUGCAGACUCCUCUCCUCUUGCCCAGGAGUAGGAAGUUGUACGAGGGUUGCGAGUUGGCCUGUUUCAUGGACCACAGUGGGAUGCUGGUCACUCUGCCGUAUGACCUGCGGGUGGCGUUUGCACGAUUCGUGGCGAAGAAUAACGUCUCACAUUUAAAACGGUACAGCAUAGAGCGUGUGUUCAGGCCGCGCAAACUGGACCGGACUCACCCACGAGAACUGUUGGAGUGUGCCUUCGACAUCAUCGCUCCGGUAACGGGCACCCUCCUACCAGACGCUGAAACCAUCUACACUAUCUCUGAAGUCAUUCAGGAGUUCAGUGCCCUGCAGGAGAGAAACUACUGCAUUUACCUGAACCACAGCAGUCUGUUGAAGGCUAUCCUUCUUCACAGCGGCGUGCCGGAGGACAAGCUAAACCAGGCCUCCAGUAUACUGUGUGAAGCUAUGAGUGAGAAAUUAACCAAGCGUGAAGUGGAGGCCAAGUUUUGUAACCUGUCUUUGUCCAGUAACAGUUUACAGACGCUGUAUAAGUUUAUCGAGCUGAAGGGAGAUCUGCAGGAACUGAGCCCUCACAUCAACUCCCUGAUUAAGCAGAAGACGGCCGUGACCCAGCUGGCCAAGCAGGGCCUGAGAGACCUGGAGGAGCUGACUGGACUCCUCAGGAGACUGGGGGUUAAGCUGCAGGUGGUGGUGAACCUUGGCUUAGUGUACAAGGUGCAACAUCACUGUGGAGUCUUCUUCCAGUUCGUCGCUUUCAUCAGGAAACGCAAAAGGACCGUCGCAGAUAUAGUGGCCGCGGGAGGACGCUAUGACCAUCUGGUUCUAGAAUUCCGUGGCCCUACAUCCUCUGGUCCAGUAUUUUCAGCGGUGGGGGCCAGUGUGGCUCUGGACAAGAUCAGCGCUGCCUUGGCAGCUAUGGAGGAGCCGCCCUCUGUAAGCUCCUGUGACGUGUUGGUGGUCCCAGUUGGUCACGUUUCCAUAAGCAGAGCCGUUAAAGUCACUCAGAAGCUGUGGAUGGCGGGCGUGUCAGCUGACAUCCUUUAUGAUGUGUUACAGUCUCAGGAGAGUAUUGUGGAGCAGUGCAGACUCGCUGGCAUCACUUUCAUGGUCCUGGUCUCGGAUAAAGAAGGAAACUACAUCAAGGUGAAGUCUUUUGAGAAGGACAGGCAGUCAGAAAAGAGAAUUCUGGAAGGAGAUCUGAUAGAACACUUUCAAAAAUGUCGGACCAAAUUGCUGGAGGAGCGGGUCAGGGAGAUGUCUGAUAGUGUUUAUCUUCAGAAUCCCAAAGGAUCACUAAUGGUUAACUCAGGUUUAUCAGAGCAACACGGAAGCAAUGCGGUGGUGAACAUGAAUGUGAACCUGAUCACGCCAGAGAAACUGUCGGCGAGUAGUAGGCGUCGCCAGGAGGUCCAGAUACAAACCAGACUGCAGAAUAUUGGUAGCGGUUUGCAGAGUAAAAGCAAUGACGUCGAGGUUCUGGCAGUCGACCUGCCCAAGGAAACCCUCAUCAACUUCCUGUCACUGGAGUUUGAGAGUGAGGAGCAGUUUAACGUAAGCGUGAAGAACUUGCUCUCUCGUCACCCCAAACAGCGCUACUUGAAGUCAAUCUGUGAAGAACUGCACCAUUUCAAAAUUGUCAAAAGAGUGGCAAUGGUCGUCCUGUACAGCUACAAAGACGACUAUUACAAGAUUCUUCAUCUCCUCUAAAGCAGAUGUCAGUUUCACUGCCUGGACAAAGUAUAGCAGCUCUCUGUCUGCUCUUAACCCUAUGAGACAUUUGAAUGACAUGAGGUUGUUUUUUUUUUUGUUGUUGUUUUUUUCUCUCUUUCUCUCUCGGAUAUUUAUAUCUUUUACCACGAACAAAACACAGCUUUUCUAUCUUCUAGUAGUAAAUGCCAAAGCUUCAGAUUGUACAGAUGACUCACUUUCAGUAUUUUAAGGAAGGGUAAGGUCUCAUUUUCACUAUCUCCACUGUCUUUCUUUUUUUGCCCUUUCAUUAGAUCUUAAAGUGUUCUCACUCUUCAUAGACAUUAUGACUUGCCUUACA